AUGCUGCUCUGGCCACAUUGCUGGGACGCAGCUGGGAGCGACCAUCACUCCACUGCCGCACUUUCACACCCACCCUUCCCGCCGCACGACAAUACCUAUGGGUACUCCCUGGAAUCAGAAGCUUCGCCGCCGACUCUCGCGAGCGUCCCUCGUCACCAACAAGUCGACCACAAAACUACGCCGAACCACAAGUCAGGACACAAGCGCACAAAGCAGCGAAAGCUCGUCAUCGGGAGCGACAGCCAGACAUCCUUUCCGCGGCAAGAACUCGGCGGCCUCAGCGUCAGUCAGGACCCUUUUCUCUCCGCCGUCAAAGGUUGCGCUUGCUUCAGCAGAGACGACGCCAGAGCCGAGCGUCCAGGUUGCGGUCGCGGGAAAUCACCUCACGCCUACUGCCACGAGCGACAGGGCGACGAGGGCGACGGAUGCUUGCGACUUUGCGCCGCCACGGAGACAGCCAUCGCUGAAGACACGGGCAUCGUUCCCAACGAGCGUACACGAUGGAACGUCACGACGCAACAGCGACCAAUUGCCAAGAAGCGAGCCGCAAGAACGAUACUCGUAUACCGCAGACUUGAAAGACAGGUCACGAAUUGGGAGAUGGGUGCGAACUAUGAUGGUGGUCACGACACAAAUGAGCCUUCGAUGGGGGGACGAUCGAAAGAAGGGACGAAAAGGAAAUCGAACAUAAACGUCAAAGAGAGGAUCAAGGCUAUUGAAGAUAAAGAUACUGUGCUGAUCAAGCCUGGUCUGCCUCUGAGAAGCACCAAAAGUCAACACAUCGUUCGUCAGACCGAUGGACCGAAUCCAGACGAGGAGUCUACAAUAAACAACGAGUCUGGCAGUGGAAUUCGAAACGGUGUACCAUUGGUGUUCCCAUUGCACGUGAGAAAGUUCCACCGCAGGAGAAGCAACGGAUCUCCUUUGCGACCUGAGACUCCGCUGUAUCGAAGCGACCCUGGACAAGACACGGAUAUUCAGAGCCCACUUCCUCAAAGGACCAUUCCAAUCGUGAGAGCACCCUCUGAGGCGUCCAUGCCCAGCUCGAGCGUUCCACCUACGUCUCUGACUCCUUCUCUAUCUCCCAUGCCCGCGCAAUCUGCGUCAGGCCAGACAUGCUCUCGAGUAGCAGCAACACAAGGACCUGCGAACGAAGGGACGGCUUAUAGAGGGGACCUACUGUCACCGCAUCCUAAGCAUGCAAAGGCUGGACAUCACCACCCGAAGACCCACGUCAAUCCAUUUUCCCACUUCCAUGGCACUCGCAGUGCUUGCGUUCGUCACGGUCGUAAAUCCGGACUCGGAAAGCAAAAGCCACGCCGACACAACGCAACGAAGGACAUGUUCGAACGGAGUAGAAGCGGUGCGUACAUCCCUAUUGGUGUGAACACCUUGAAGCAGAUGGAGGCAACGAGUCCCUGGGCUUUCGCCGACUCGACGACUAGAUGCACCGAGCUGACGUGUUUGACGACAGAAGCCAAUAAAGACGACGAAGAUGCUUGUCCGGAUUGUGUGGCGGAGCUGGGGAUCAAGAGACGGGAGAUAGAGAAGGCUGUGAGCGAUUGGAGUAAUACUGCUUUCCCUGACCCGAAGGGCGUGGCUGCUACGCCAAACCCGCAGCUGCUUGCUGUGCCGGGAGAGGCGUUUCCUGCUGUGCCUGCAGCGCUGAGUGUCAGCGAUCGUGCCAUCCGGCAGGAGUCUUGGAAAUCGACCACUGUCGAGCCGCCAGAUUCUGAAAGUGAGGUCCGUUCACUGACUGUCUCGCCGGCGUCCAUGCACUCAGCCAGGUCUGCUAUUCUGGAUCUGGACGACCCUAAACGUGCCGUAGCGCCCAAUCCCAAGCGUUCGAGAUCUGUCCGCUUCAACAGCCACUCCCAGAAAGUCGAGUACGACGCAGACCCCGGGCUCCUUAUCGUCUCUCGUGAUCUGGGAGAAGAGCUGGAUGCGGUCAUUCUUGAGCGUGGAGGCACGGUUGAGAAGGUGAUCACGAACCCCCGUGAUCGGAAUCGUACCCCUGAGAUCAUCGCGAAGAUUGCCCGUGAGCUGGCACAGAUCGCAAGCACUCUCUCCUCUGGCAAUUUUGGCAACAGACAGUCCUCAGACGACGAUGAACCUGUAGGGCGCACUGCGGUAGUUGAUAGGAACUCGGACGCCGGCGGAGGUCGUUCCUCUCGAGAGUCUUCCGUGCCCGAACUGCUCCAGCUCAUCAGUGAAGCCUCCAACGAUCUCCAACCUGGCCUAAUACGCAAGCCAACAUGGGAGCGUGUAGCCGGCGGGCACGCUUGGCUCGACCAGACCUCAGCCAACGACUUCGCCACCGAAUUCCAGCAAUCAUUCACGCCCUUCGACUCGCCCAAAUCCAUAGAAGAAGCACAAAAAAUGCCCCUAACCUCCGCGAGCGCGCGAAUCGUCAACCGCCAAACCCUCGACGACGACUACCGCGUCCUCCAAGACCACGCCCUCGCCACCACGCCACACGACCACGACCUAAGUUUCCUCAGAACCCACCGCCGCUCGCUGCAAUCUUCGACGCCUCUGACCACGAGCACUUUCUACGCGAGCCGGCCUUCCUCGAGUCCGACGCAGAACCUAGGCUCUCCUGGGAUUCCUAUUACCGUUUCGGCGGGCGAGCCGACGCUUCCUUCGCAUGUGCUUCGGUCGCGGGAUUUGCUUGAUGUAUCGAUUUCGAGGAUUAGUCCGCGACCCCUGGGGACGCCUCUCCUUCCUAAAACCUCUCCAUGUAUCUUCACAGCUUCAACGGCUCCCUCGCUCACUGCUUCAGCUGCAAAUUCUGCGCAGCCGAGUCCGCGGGAAGAGACCCAGGUUGCGGUGAGGUCUCCUGCGGAGAGGGAGGGGUUUUGGGGCUCGCCGAGCGAGGUGAAGGCGAAUUCGCAGGCGAUACGUCAUGUGAUGCGGAUGGAGAGGAUGAGUGCUGUGCAGGAGGCGGCGGCUUUGGAGAGGUUGGUCAGGAGGCGGAGGAUGGUUGAGGGCGAGGCGAAGAAGGCGCUGGGGUGA